AUGGCACAGACUCCGUCCACAAGGACAUUGACCUUUGUGGUUGAACAUCUCGACCCUGAACUAGGACCCUGGUCCGCUCUGGAAUAUGCAUGUAUCGCACGCGAAUCCAAAGAAUCUGGCGCUCAGUUUCUGUUGACUUCCGUCCCCGAGGAGCUACAGAUGCCAGACAAUCUGGCGCGUAUGGAGGAACUCAAGGUUGAGCGACGCAGUGUGGAGGAAAUUUUUGCGGAUCGCAAGUCGAGAGUGUGUCUGCUCGAUCCGGCUGCAAAGACAGAGUUGAGCCCAGCGGAUGGAGAUGAUUUUGACGUGUUUCUGUUUGGUGGUAUACUCGGCGAUGACCCUCCAAGAGACCGCACAUCUGAGCUACGAAAAAAGGGCUACACCGGACGACGACUUGGCCCUGUGCAGAUGACCACAGAUACCGCCGUGAGAGUGACUCGUAUGAUUUCACUAGAUCGAAUUCCACUGGACAAGAUCCCCUACGUGGAUCACCCUGAAUUGCGCAUCAACGAACAUGAAAGUACAGAAAUGCCAUUCCGAUAUGUUCGGGAUAGCCAGGGGAAGCCCAUUAUGCCUGAUGGCAUGGUCGAGCUGAUUAAGAAGGAUGCCGACAAGUCUUUGGAUGAUAUGUUUUGA